AUGUGGCAGCUGCUGAUGAUGCUGGUGGUGGAGGCGUUGCGCUCUUUCGGAGCCGUGGAGGUCCCGGCGGAGGAGAGCUUCUCCCAGGUCCCGGCGGAGGAGAGCUUCUCCCAGGUCCCGGCGGAGGAGAGCUUCUCCCAGGUCCCGGCGGAGGAGAGCUUCUCCCAGGUCCCGGCGGAGGAGAGCUUCUCCCAGGUUCUGGCGGAGGAGAGCUACUCCCAGGUCCCGGCGGAGGAGAGCUUCUCCCAGGUCCCGGCGGAGGAGAGCUUCUCCCAGGUCCCGGCGGAGGAGAGCUUCUCCCAGGUCCCGGCGGAGGAGAGCUUCUCCCAGGUCCCGGCGGAGGAGAGCUUCUCCCAGGUCCCGGCGGAGGAGAGCUUCUCCCAGGUCCCGGCGGAGGAGAGCUUCUCCCAGGUUCUGGCGGAGGAGAGCUACUCCCAGGUCCCGGCGGAGGAGAGCUACUCCCAGGUCCCGACGGAGGAGAGCUUCUCCCAGGUCCCGGCGGAGGAGGGGACAUCGAGUCUGAGUGGACCAUGUUUGUCGUGGUGA